AAUGGCUAUAUGGCUGCAUACGUCAAAAAAAAGUCAUCGAAACGUCAUAUUAUUAAAAAAUAAAAAUAAUAAAAGUUUUAGCCGAUUUUGAUGUGAAAAUCGACAUUUUCUAAAUAAUUGAGCAUGUAAAUGUUGUGUAGUGGAUUGGCGAAAUGUUUGCGCGACUUGUCCAAUUCGGUGUGAGGUCGCAUAACCUCUCCCAUUUCAACUAUUUAAAACCCACAAACUGUUUAAAACUAGCUCCUAUAACUCACUGUGACCCGACUCCGGUGCAACAGAAACGUUUCUAUAAGAAUUUCGGUCACAAGCCCAAGAAAACCCCAACCGUAACAAAAUUGUGGUAUGGCUUAAUUUUUGGACUUAUGUUCCUUGCAACAGUCGAUUACAGAUGGGUCCGCCGCACUUUAUUUCCCCCAGUGAAGGCACAAAGCGAAACAAUCGGCGAAAGCUCCGACGUUGAGCAAUCCGAAUCUGAAGAUGAGUCGAAAAAGAAGAAACACCGCAAGGAGAAGAUCGGUUUCCGCGACCGCAAAAUAAUUGAAUACGAGAACCGCAUCCGGCACUAUUCUACUCCUGAUAAAGUUUUUCGAUAUUUCGCCACACUCCAAGUCCAAGGGCCGACGGUCGAUCAGCAUGAGAUUUACAUGACACCCGACGACUUUUUGCGAUCUAUGACGCCGGGGCUCAAGCAGCCGGACGGUCUGGGCCUCGAUCAGUACCGACGCUACGACCCUAAAACUGUCCAACAAAAAUUGGAGCUCACUUUGGAUGAGGACAGCAUUUUCUACAAGCUAGGGAGUGCGGGACUUAUCACGUUCUCUGAUUAUAUCUUCCUUUUGACCGUCUUGUCGACUUCGCGACGUCACUUCGAGAUUGCGUUUCGAAUGUUUGAUCUGAACGGCGAUGGUGACGUAGACUGUGAAGAGUUCGAAAAAGUGGCCACUUUGAUCAGACAACAGACGAGUAUAGGAUCAAGACAUCGCGACCACGCCAACACAGGAAACACAUUCAAAGGCGUGAAUUCGGCCCUUACGACGUACUUCUUCGGCCCGAACCUCAAGGGCAAACUCACCAUCGAGAAGUUCCUCGACUUCCAGGAGAAACUCCAGAAGGAAAUUUUGAGUUUGGAGUUUUUGCGCAAGAACCCGGACGAAAACGGGAACAUCAGCGAAGCUGACUUCACGGAACUCCUCCUCGCGUACGCCGGCUACCCCCAAAAGAAGAAAUCCCGCAUGUUGAAGCGAGUCAAAAAAACUUUUAGGGAUCACGGCCAAGGCAUUUCCAAGCAAGACUAUUUGAAUUUCUUCCAUUUUUUGAAUAAUAUUAACGAUGUUGACACAGCUUUAACUUUCUACCAUAUCGCGGGGGCCUCCAUCGACCAAGCAACGUUGAAGCACGUGGCCAAGACGGUGGCCCAUGUGGAUCUCAGUGACCAUGUGAUUCAUGUCGUUUUUACCAUUUUCGAUGAGAAUUUGGAUGGGCAGUUGAGCAAUAAGGAGUUUAUCGCCGUUAUGAAGAAUCGCUUACUUAGAGGGCUCGAAAAACCAAAAGAUACGGGUUUUAUCAAGUUUAUGCAGUCGGUCUUGAAGUGUGCCAAAGAGACAAGACCCGCCUUGCUAGAUAUUUAAGCCGAAGCAGACUUAUUUUACCAAGGAUUGUUUUUAAGACUGUUAGUGUUCAUGCGAAUAGCAAAUAAAGUAUCUCGAAGUUUUGAAA